CACACACACACCAACCAAGGGGCGACAAUCCGCUUAGCUUCUGGUCCGGCCAACCUUCAUGCUGCCGAGGCGGAACAUGCUCCUGUUGUCGCUUGAUGUCUGUCGCCGUUGGCUACGAUAACAGAGGAUCAAUUGUAGCUACUUCUCACCAGCACCGCCAAAUAGCCAUGUCGCGCAGGUAGUGAACGGAGUCUCAACUCGUGCGUAACGGAUGCGAGCAGCGCAAACGAGGAACUUAAUUCGAGUGGAUGUCGGCAAAACCGCAACAGGUUUUUGUUAAGGGGCAUCAAGAGUCCUGGAAGUUAAAACACAACGUUGGAGAUAGCCACUGGCUCUCCACACGGACGUAACGGUAGUAGGCUAGGUUGCUGUGCAGACAAUCAGCUUUGACUUUACAAAAAAAAAAAGUCGAUAACCUCAGUCGGGGACUGUGUUUUGUGGACUGUGGGUUUCGAAAGGAUUAUCAAGAACCUCCGCUGUCAAUAACGGAAACUCUGGAACCUUUUAAGAAAUUGGCUUAAUCCUUCACGAGACACGGAGCCAAUAUGAUGCCGAUGUUCCUCACCGUGUACCUCAGUAACAAUGACAAGCAUUUCACCGAGGUGCCGGUUACCCCGGAGACGCUGUGCCGAGACGUGGUGGAUCUGUGCAAAGAGCCGGGGGAGAGUCACUGCUACCUGGCCGAGAUGUGGAGAGGAACCGAGCGAGGGAUCUCUGAGGGGGAGCGGAUGGUGGACGUCCUGCAGCGGUGGGGACAGCAGAGAGGAGAGGUCCGCUUUUACCUUCGUCACGACCGGGCACCCAACAACAGAGACACUGGAGGACAGAAAGGCCCUGAGGUGCCCCCGAAGAGGAACAGUGUGAAGAACACCACUGACAGGCGGAUGGAGAAUGGGGUGACUGCACCCACCAUGACUGCCAGCCUGACGGAACUGCAGGAAAUGGCGUCACGGCAACAGCAGCAAAUCAAUGCCCAACAGCAGCUGCUGGCUUCAAAGGAGCAGCGUCUGCGGUUCCUCAAACAGCAGCAGCAACAGCAGCAGAGCGAGCAGGACAAGCUCCGCCUCCUGAGAGAGAAUGCGGAGAACCAGGAGAGCAAACUGAGACGCGUCCGAGCGCUCCGUGGCCAGGUGGAGCAGAAACGCCUCAGCAACAGCAAACUGGUGGAGGAGAUAGAGCAGAUGACGUCCCUGUUCCAGCUGAAGCAGCGUGAGCUGGUGGUGGCCGUGUCGCGGGUGGAGGAGUUGAGCCGCCAGCUGGAGGCGCUGAGGAGCGGCAAGAUGGACGCCGGCGCCGACCCGCAGGGUCAAAGUUCACAGGCCGCUGCCGACCUGGAGCGCCUCUACAAGGAGCUGCAGUUGAGGAACAGACUGAACCAGGAGCAGAGUGCUAAGCUGCAGCAGCAGCGGGACACGCUGAACAAGCGGAACCUGGAGGUGGUUGCCAUGGACAAGCGCAUCUUAGAGCUGCGGGAGCGACUCUGGAAGAAGAAGGCCGCGCUGCAGCAGAAAGAGAACCUGCCCCAGCCCUCCUCUGAGGGGGUGGUCUCCCAGCAUGCACUGGGCUCACGGGUGGCGGCGGUGGAGCCCUACAUCCAGCAGAACCCCCCGGCUCCGCCCAUUCCACCUCGACAGGAAGUCAUCAUCAAGCCGCCCCACCCAGACGGCACGGCUACCCUCCCCCUGCCCAAAAGCCAGCCCAGGCUGCCAGCUAAACCACAUGCCAGUAAAGGAAAACUCUCGGAUUGGUCCUCCUCGAGCACAGACUCCACUGGUCACCAUGGUUACUCGUCCACCUUGCCCCGAAUGACUAGCCACCCCCCUCUGGAGCAAGACUCAGACGUGGACCUGAGGCCUCCUCCUCUGCCCUUGCGUAAAAACCAGAGCAACGAGGACCUCUUGAGGGACUCUCAGAAUGGCAAACCUCUUUCCAAGGUCCCUCCUCCUGUCCCCAGCAAACCCAAACCCCCUCCCCCGGCCCCGCCCACCUCGUCCUCCUCCUCUUCCUCAUUCUCCAGAUUCACCACGGGCACCUUCCCUGGCAAGGCCCGUCCCGUGAACCACCUGUCCGGUUCCGAUCCCCUGUCAUCAUCUGGCCGCACCCUCCCACUCCCUCUGCCCCCCAAGCCCAAACCGGAGGCACCCCUCCUCACCCCUGCAGCCACGGUGCACCCCUUCUCACCGGACACCCUUCCGCCCGUGACGAAGGAUCCUGCCGUCAACGCCAACAACACGCCACCGCUCUCUCGCCCACCGAUCGUAGCUGCCAGCUCCAUCUACUCCAUGUACACCCAGCAGAGCACGCCAGGUGGGAAGGGCCACAACAACACAGGCGGAGGCACGCUGCCCAGAUCGAACCCCAGAGUGUAUGGAAAGCCAGUCCUCCCAUCCUCUGGGGGGCAGCAGCAAUCCCACAAUCCACUUGAUGGAUCCCACUCCGACCGCCUUGUUACUUCAGAAACAGAGGUCGAUCAGGCUGGGUCAACAUUGUCAUCAUCGUCGUCGUCCACGGCAACCGCAUCAUCGUCCAGUGAUGCCCCCACCCAGGAAACAGACAGGGCACCACGCCCCCUCAGCCCCACCAAGCUCCUCCCCUUCCUGUCACAGCCAUUCCGUCACCAGAGCGAUGCCGACUUAGAGGCGCUACGGAAACGGCUCCACCACGCCCCGCGACCCCUGAAGAAGCGGAGUUCCAUCACAGAGCCUGAGAGCCCGGCGGGGCCCAACAUCCAGAAACUCCUCUACCAGAAGACCACGCUGGCUGCCAUGGAAACCACUGCUGUCAUGGGCCCACCGGCACCCUUCUUCCAGCCAUCCUCUGUCCCACCACCAGAAGACGGGCGAGGAGGAAAUGGAGCCGUGAUGAUGAUGAUGAUGAUGAUGAAGGACGGCUCAGGUCUGAGUGUGUCCCCGGUCACUGAACGUGACAGGCGUCCCACGGAGAGCCCCUGCACCAUCCCUGAGGGAGUCGAGGAGGAGCAGAGGCAGGAGGAGUGGGAGGAGGACGAAGAGGAACUGACACCCCCUCCUCUGCCUCCACGCUCCCCCAUCCUCGACGACUUGUCAGUGGGGGCACUGCACCCUCACCUGCCCCCCCCUCUGGAGGAGGACAGGGACCUAGAGCCCUGCCCCCCCACCCCAGGGUACAUGGACGAGUACCCCCCAUACCCACCGCCCCCGUAUCCCUCUCAGGCUGAGCAGGAGGGACAGGCAGAUGAGAGCAGCAUGGAGCCACCCGAGAUCACUGGAGAAAUGACCCUUCCACCGGGUAAGAGAACUAACUUGCGUAAAAGCGGCUCAGAGCGGAUCAAUCACGGCAUGCGUGUGCGCUUCAACCCCCUGGCUCUGCUGCUGGAUGCCUCACUGGAGGGAGAGUACGACCUGGUGCAGAGGAUCAUCUACGAGGUGGAUGACCCCAGCCUGCCCAAUGAUGAGGGAAUCACUGCCCUCCACAACUCUGUGUGUGCAGGCCACACUGAAAUUGUCAAGUUCCUGGUGCAGUUUGGAGUCAACGUUAACGCGGCCGACAGUGAUGGCUGGACCCCUCUGCACUGUGCUGCCUCCUGUAAUAAUGUGCAGGUGUGUAAGUUCCUGGUUGAGUCCGGGGCGGCCGUGUUUGCCGUCACCCACAGCGACAUGCAGACAGCUGCCGACAAGUGUGAGGAGAUGGAGGAGGGAUACGCCCAGUGCUCACAGUUCCUCUACGGUGUUCAGGAGAAGAUGGGCAUCAUGAACAGAGGGGUGGUGUAUGGCCUGUGGGACUAUGAGGUGGAGGCUGAGGAUGAGCUGUCCUUCAGGGAGGGGGACUGCAUGACCAUCCUGCGCAGGGAGGACCAGGAGGAGACGCAGUGGUGGUGGGCCCGCUGUGGGGACAAGGAGGGCUACAUCCCCCGAAACCUGCUGGGGCUGUACCUGAGGAUCAAACCCAGACAGAGAAGCCUGGCUUAAGAAUAUUAUGUGGCCUAUCAAACUGAUACUACACACAAACACACACGUAUACAUUUACACACACACACAGUUCAGCAGAACACUAAGAGUCUCAGUACAGCAAAUCUUUGCUGAAUGAUGGAACAGUUGAUGAAAGUGUGACAUAAACAGGCGUGUCUGUGGACGGAGAACAGCCUGAACUACACGUUACUCACUGGA